UAGGCGGGUAUCCUCGAAAAUUGAAAUUCCUGGAAAAGCAAAACUGAGAACAAUGUGGGAAGAAGAAGCAAAGGGUAUAAGAAAGGAUGAAGAAGAAGCACUGUUGGAUCUCGUUGAACAACGUACUAAAGAAGUUGAAAACCUUCGAAGAAGACUCUCUUAUUACACUUCUCAGCUUGAUCAAUCAGAAAAGAAGUUAGAGGAGACACAACAGAAACUUGCUCACCUCCGGGGCCGGGCCAAUGUGGCAACAUCCACAAGCUCUCAUGGGAAUGAUUUGAAUCCAGUGAAAGUUGAAAGAAGAUCCAUGAGUCCUAUUGUUAUAAGUGAUGAUUCUUCUGAAAACCUAUCUGAGUGUAAACCUAAACCUGACAAAGACAACAUUUUGCCACUCAGGGAAUAUUCAAAACUUGAUAAAAAAAUAGCAAGCCCUUUUCAGAAAAACAAUGAUAAUUCCAGUAAGGUACCCCGGGCAAAACCACUACUUAUCAUUCCUGACGUGAGACCGAAGGUUUCUCAGCCUUUGAAGAUGGUAGAAUUUGGUCCCGUCCCUUGUGGUUCUGAUUCUUGUGCUGGAGGGUCAGGUUUUUCUUUUUGUAACACUCGUAUUGUAAGUUCAAAAGCAGAUAAGAGCGCGAAAACCCCUCCUGACAUCGGAGCUGCUGAGAUUCAACUUAAAGGAACCAAAAGGAAGUUUGAACAGAAAGAGCAUAAAGAGCUGAUUCCAUUGAUAGGUAGAUCUUCUUCAGCUAGCAAGAUCAACUGCCAGACAUGCAGUGUCAUACCUAGUCAACACAAGCGAAAGAUGAGAACUAUUGUCUUGUGCCCUACUAAUGAUCAACUUUUUGCGAGCAGUGCACUGGAUGGGGUUGUCAACUUGUGGCAGGUGCAGGACAGAGGGUCGAAUGCCAAUCUUCUCAGUAGCACUGAUUGCCUUUCGCGCGAGUGUAGAAAGUGGCCAGAAGACGUAGCCUGGAAUCCAGAAGGCAGCAGUCUUUUUUCUGUCUACAGCGCUGAUGGUGGGAAUUCACAAAUUUCAAUACUGAAUCUUAACAAGGGAAAAGAGAACAUGCGAGUAAAUUUCUUGGAGGAGAAGCCCCAUGUCAGAGGGAUCAUUAACAACAUAGAGUUCAUGCCAUGGGAGGAGGAACGUUUUGUUACUGGUGGUAGUGAUCAUGCAGUUGUCUUGUGGACCGAUAAAGAUGGAGAACAUUCAUGGAAGAGUAAAGAGUUGCAUAGCCGGCAUUCUUCUGCUGUAAUGGGAGUUGCCGGUUUGCAGCAUAAGAAAGUUGUGAUGUCUGCUGGUGCCGAUAAGCGUAUAUUUGGAUUUGAUUUACCAGCUCAGAGAAUAGAUUUCAAGCAUCAACUAGAAAGUAAAUGCAUGAGUGUUCUGCCUAAUCCACGUGACUUGAAUCUGUUUAUGGUUCAGACAGGGACCUUAGAGAAGCAGCUUCGCUUGUUUGAUUUUAGGUCGAGGCAAGCAGAGGUUCAUUUGUUUGGGUGGAAACAAGAAAGCAGUGACUCGCACUCGGCUCUUAUAAGUCAGGCUUGGUCACCUGAUGGUUUGUACAUUUCAUCUGGCUCAGUUGAUCCUGUCAUUCACAUAUUUGAUAUACGGUACAAUUCCAAAGUACCUUCCCAGUCCAUUAGACCUCAUCAUAAGCGAGUCUUCAAAGCUGUUUGGCACCAUGUUUUCCCGCUCCUCAUUUCUAUAUCUUCUGAUUCGAACAUUGGAUUGCAUAAAAUUGUUUGAGGUGCUUAAAGAGCUAUCUUUGCUUUUCUUUUUAGCCUUCCUUGUUCCGGCUCAUUCCCCAAGUUGUCUCCGGGAAGCGAUAUUCAGGUAGUAUUAGACCGAAGAAAUUCAUGCGUGGGCUAUGAUACAGCAGGCGAUUUGAAAAGAAAAUUGUAUGGAGUAUCAUCUUUGCCUGUG